AUAUAUAUAUAUAUAUGUCGUGAUUGAUUGUGGUAGUUGUAUGAACAAAGAAAAAUGCAAACUUUAGCUCAUUCUAAAUUAUGCAGGUAAUUCAUGGGGAAAAGACAGCAACUUUCCAUUAAUUUUGCUCUAAAGAAGUGUCCUUGCACUCAAGAAGAUCGCAUUAGUCAGUUGCCUGAUGAUAUUCUGGUUUAUAUACUGUCUUUCCUUACCAUUAAGGAAGCAACAUACACUAGUCUCCUCUCCAAGAGGUGGUUACCCGUGUGGAAAUAUAUUCCUCGACUUGAUUUUGAUGCCACCGAACCAUUACACCAAGUAUUUUUGAAUCACAAACUAAGGAAAAUGCAUAUGAAGAAGUAUGUGAGAUGGGUUAACCGUACUUUACACAAGUGUGAAGUACAUAGAUUAGACCAAUUUCGUGUUUGCUUCGAUUUAAACAAAUUUGCCCAGCAUGAGAUUGACAAGUGGCUUGAGUUUGCCAUUGCUAGGCAAGUCCAAAGGCUAGAGUUGGACUUGUUAAAAGGUGGGAAGGAGACUCGAGAUUUUGAAUAUUGCUACACUUUCCCGGCUCAGCUCCUUGGUCUCAAUCAUAAGUUGCCACCUCUCUGGCAUAAUUUUUUGUCCGUAAAGGUACUGUUAUUGAAGUCAGUAAAUGUGACAGGCGAAGUUCUUGAGUUCUUCCUUCAUAACUGCCCGUUUCUUGAAGAAAUGGUGGUUCAUGGAUCUGGAACGCUGGUAAAUUUGCAAGUCAUUGGUCCUUCCCUCAAGUUGAAACACUUGGAAAUUUGGCGCUGCCAGUGUUUAGAAUCACUUAAAAUCCAUGAUACAAACCUUGUAACACUUGUGGCUUCAGCAGCAACCAAAUUAUUGCUCUCAAACGCUCUUAUGCUGAUCAAGGUAGAGAUUGUUGGUGCAUUCAGGCCUAUUCUGAAAGACAUAUUGGCUCCGAUUUCCUGUGUUCUCUCUCAGCUGGAGGUCCUCAAAAUAACUUCCUCUGAUGGAUUGGUAUUGGGGAAUUACAAGUUUCCUGAAUUUACCAAGCUCAAGAAAUUUGUUGUUCAUGUUUUUGCAUGGAGAGACACGUCUCUCUUAGGUUGCACACAUGUGAUAGGGGCUGCACCACUGUUGGAGGAAUUUGAGUUGAAGGUUGUGGACAGCUGAGUUGACUUAAGGCAUUUAUCACCUGAAACCAAAUCUGAUCUUUCACAACUCUUCCACUUAAAAUCUCUUACCGAAUUACUGCCUUAAAAUCUUACAGCUCGUUUGGUAUGGAGGUAUGGCGGCAGAAUGGAAUUAUGAUUCUGGCAUUUCGUUGGUAUCACUAAUUCUGUAGGCGACUUGUAAUUGACCGAUUCCCCUAUCAAUCAACGUUUUCAUUUCAAAGACAUUUUGUUAUACAAUGACUAUCUUGCUCAAAAACUUGUCCAAAAACUUUGUACUGUAAACUCACUUGUCCUCAAUUUGUGAACCAAUUUCAAAACAGAACAAGCCAGCAGUAAGGUUGAGAAUUAAGUUGCCAUUGGUAGUGGAUAGGUAGUCCUAUGAAGGAUGAAUAGAGUAGAAUAGAGGCUGUGGAGAUGAGGACUUGGACAAUGUUGUUGCGAAUCAAGAGAACACUUGGUAGGAGGAGCAUCAGGAGUUUGUAUUCCAACUAAAUGACUGAGGAAUAGGUGUUUGAAUUGAUGGUAUUUUCUGGUAAUGGAGCCGGUGAUAUAGAGAAUACUUGAGGUAGAGGUUUUAUGUUGGGAAACAAGCUAUUUUUGAAGAGGAAAGCUGACCCUUUUUUAUGAAAUAAAUUUCAAAUAGUUAAUGGUGAGAUAGAAAUAGUAUUGUGAUAAUUUAAUAGAACCUCGUUUAGUGUAAAGCAGUUUUUUCAUGAAUACAAUGUUCACAGACUCCAGCUGAGUAUUUCAUUGGUAAAUCAAUUCCAGGUUUGAAAGUUCCUUUGGAUUCCAAUGUAUAUGGACCUGGUAUGGGAUGAAGUAACGGGGCAAAUGUCUAGUUUAUUUUAUUUUCUGUAAUUAAGCUAUUUUAGAGUCUUAUUAUUUCUCAAUAGCUUGGGUAGCAAGGAAUUGCCUUGGAGGCAUAGUCCUCUCUCUUGCAGAUGAAAGUCACAAGUUUUUGAUGGCAAAAUUCAUAGUCAACUAGUAAUUAUUUCUGAAAGUUCUGCAGCCUAACGGAUAGAUUCCCUGAAUAGAACUUUCAUUUUGAUAUGACGUAUGCUAUCUAAUUCGGCGAUUAUUUAUUUCUCAGCACACCAACCAUUCACUUCAUAUACCUCGAGUAUAUUGGCCUAGGAAAAGAUAUUGUAGAAGGAAAAGUAGGAUAGCCGUCAUUUAUUUCCUGUGGAACUCAUUGCCUUGGGACAUAAAAUAACUUUCAAAAAUUUAUGUGUAAGCACAUUGAACAACAUUUGAAUAGUUGAAAAUUAACUGUAGAAUUACUCUAUCUAAGUUUUUUCUUAGAAUGCUAACCUGAAAUGUGAUCAUAAGCAGGGAAGUUGAUAACAGUCAAGAACAAGAAUCCUUUAAAUUUACUUCAAAGUGAUAGUUGAAUAAAGUUACCUGGUUUUAAUGUUGGAAAAGAAAAUCAUUUGAGAUUUUGAAGGGUCAGACAAAAGUUGAAUGCUUUGAGUUUGAAGCACUCGAGGAAAUAAGAACAAAAUACGAACAACUCCAAAAAUUCUCUUAUCUAAAAGUAUUUUGUUGUUUGAACAAAUUUGAAAUGAAAUUAUAAAUGUUUACAGCAGCUUUCUUUGAUCUCCUUGAUUAAAAUAGCAGAAGAUAUAUGUUUAGAUGUUUUCAACGUUUAUAUUUUGAGUUAUGAAUGUCCGGAUGAGCAACUAUAGAUGCUGUCUGAGGGAUGGAAAAUCUAUACUUGUGUUCUAGGUUAUUUCUUUAAACGAGUUACUACUUUGGUGGUUAUUUAUGCAUUCAGUUCAUGGUUUGAUAAAAAAAGAUGGAUGCUAAGUAGUAGAGAUACCAAGAGAACAUAAUAAAUAGUUCCAAUGAGGGAGGGAGUUAAGUGGAGCUAUGUUGCUCGGACUGUUUGACGGGUGCGUGUCGGAUUGAAGGAUCUGACAUAGGUGCGGCAACAUUUUUGGAGAGUCCGAGCAACUUAGAAGUGGAGAGGAGACCAGAUCUUUAGUUCCAUUCUGGGCGACUUUGGGACAAAUUGACCUGAAUACUGGGUAAUGGUAUGUGGAUUUUGCUAGUGUUAUGUUGUAACUCGUAAGUUCCCAUGAAUUGCUUUUACCUUGAUGGAUGCCCAACUUAGUGAUUCUUCUCAUUUCCAAUAUACUUGUCAUAUUUAUGCUUGUGUAACUGUGGUUCAAUUUUCUUG